AUGGGAAGAUCACCCGCCGGCGACGGGGAUCAUGGAACGGAAGGGCCGGCGGCGCAGUCGCCGGCGAUUUGGAGCGGCGAGAACAUGCGAGGGAACGUGAGCAGAAGCGACUGGCUCGUAUCGCUGUGCCCGAUCGUGCCACUUCCUAGAACCUUCGCACCGCACGUCGUCAUCCCGGAGCUCCUUACCCCGUCCUCCACGUCAGCUCACGGGGCGCCGUCUCUCUCCGUGAAUAACGGAGACACAGUCAGCGAACAAAUCUCCGCGCGACGAGACCUUUCCAGCGAGCAAGCGACGCCGGUCUGUCGCACAUUCACAAAAGCGUCGCUGAAGUGCGCAUCGCCCGCGUCGCUCUGCCAGUCGUCGUCCGUCGAGGCGGCGAUCAUUCGCCACGCGGGAUGGGUCUUCAGCGUCUUUCUAAGCGCGCUCGCGUGGAUCGCGCUGUUUCUUCGAUCCCGCUCCACAGAGUCUUCCGCAGCGCCAGAUGCGCCUGCAGCCGCAAGCAGCGGCGCCGCGUGGUUGGUUGACGUGGCGCUAGGAGUGUCGGUGUGCGCCGUCUCGUCUCUCGCCUCCGACGCGCUCUGCCUUCGCCCAUUUUCCUACCCCGCGGAUAAUCGCGUGGACUGCCGUCUACAUGCGGCCGCCGGCGGCGGCGGCGGUCCACAGUUGGUGUGGCGCUUUUUCUGCGGCAAUUUCGGCAUAAUCAUGGCGCAAUCAGGCUCGGCGCUGCACGCAUGGGGGCGCGAGCGCGCGGUGGAUGCGCUGGGCGUGCUGGAGCGCAUGGCGGCCAUCUCGUCGGAGCGCGGGGGGCAGUCGGGCGGAGUGGUGACGUUCGUGCGCACCUGGCGCGACGAUAUGGCGGGCGUGCGCGUGCGCGCCAAGCCCGCCAAGCGCCAGUCGCUCUCGCACCAGCUCAUCUCCAAGUUCCGCGCUGCAAUCUUCCUCAACAGCCUCUCCGACUCCCUCUCCUUCUUCCUCGCCCUCCUCGUCCGCCCCUUCACCUACCUCCUGCAAGCCCUCCGCCUCUCCACACCACCUCAAGUUGCUCCCAGCCAAUCAGCAGCAGCAGCAGCGCGAGAGGGUAGCACGGGGAAAGCAGGUGACGACAGUGCGUCCUCUGUGCACGUGUUUCUGGGGCACACGCGCUUUGCCACGUCUAGUGUGCCGUCUGUGGGGGAGACCCACCCACACCGGUGGGUGCCGGAGAGGCGCCUGCCCCUGUGGCGCGUGCACGCUGCCACGGGCGCUAUCACCUGCGCGCCCACCAACGUGGGCGUGUAUGUGACUCACAACGGCGACUUCGAGUUCUGGAACCUCUUUGGCAGGGACCGCACGCAUUCGGAGAUGGGGCCGUGGCUGGAGGUGGUGUUGGAGCGCGACCAGCCAGCGCAGUGCGACAGUGUCAUGAUCGCAGGCCUCAUGGACCUCCUCCGCACCCACGCCCUCUGGUUGCCCUCCAUCCGCCUCGCCUUCCACCAGACGGUGGUGAUGUCGUACGAGGAGGUGCUGUCGCCCCAGGCGUCGCACCCCCUGCCAUGCCUUGCGGACCUUGCCCCCGUGGCUGCAGCAGCAGAGCGCGCCAUGGCGCAUGUGGUGCAGGGCAUGCAGGGCAUGGGUGCGGUGGGGGGAGGUGCUGCUGCUGCUGCCAAGCCUGCCCCACGUGGUUCAGCAGUGACAGCACUGCGGGCAGCCAUGGCAGGGAGAGAGGCGCUUCUAGUGGACGCCAUCCUCGCUGCCCUGCACUCCCGCCCCCUGCCCCGCGCAACCGCCUCCCCUGCUGCUGCUGCUGCUGGCGGUGACAGCGACAGUGUAGCAGUGACUGUGGGUGCAGCUGUGGUGGAGGGUGAGGGCGAGGGCGAGGAGCUUUCAGAGGAGCCAUCACUGCUGGGGAACGGCGGGGAUGCGCAGGGGAGGGAGCAGCAGGAGCAGCAGCAGGGGGAGGCGCAGCAGAAUGAAGGGGGAGAGCCACCGGAGUGUCUGUCAGGGCUGUCAGCGGCGCUGCUGCAGGUGUUUGUGCGGCAGGCGGUGGCCAACUUCCUGGACAAUGAUCUCUACUGGGCUGCCAAGAAGUUCCUUGAAAACGCCAAGGGUUCGUUCGGCAUGACAACGGCAUGCACAGCAGACUGCGAUCGAGUGGUGCUGGCAGCACGCAACCAGCCACUGGCCCUGGGCUUCGCCCCCCACUCGCGCACCGUGCUCUUCUCCUCCGAGUCCCACUCCCUCCUCACUCCCCUCUCACCCGCCCCUGCUCCUGCUGCUGCUGGAAGGGGAGCGGCGGGGGGCGGCAGCAGUGGGAGGAGGAUAGCAUACCGUGUGGACCUGGAUGAGUCUGAAGGGGAGGUGAUGGAGGUGGUUAUGCGAGGACAGGGGAACAUGGGGGGUGCGCAUGGCACGGGUGGUGGAAGCAGGGGAGGCGCUGCCAAUGGUGAGGCAGCGAAGGGGGAGAACGGAUUGGCUGACGGGACUGCGAAUGGGGCGGGCAGGGAGCAGGAGGAGGAGCAGGGGGGGUGUUUGGAGCUGCCAGAGUUGGAGUUCGUGGGGGUGAAGCUGUACAGCAUCAAGCACAACAAGCCCGUCACCACAGCGCAGUUCCUGCAGCGCAAACGGCUCAUCCCAGUGGGCAACAACCCCUUCCUCGCAGCAGAUGACGAGGACACUCCCACUGACGAUCUGCAUGCUGCCUGGGGCCCUGCUGCCCUCUGCUCUGCCACCCCAUCUCCCCCCCGUGACCUCGUGGAAGCAGACCUGAGGGCCAUACCCCGCGUGCUGGAGUCCAUAAGGGCGGACUGGGAGGACGCGCGGUCCCUCAACCGGCGCACAGCAGCAGCGCUGGUGGCCAUGCUGCAGGCCAAGGCGGAGGCGGCGGUGGCGGCGGGGGAGGCGGCGGGGGGCAUGAGCCGCAAGGAGAUCGACGUGCUUGUCACGGGUGUUGAGACGUCGCUCUGGGUGGGCGAGCAGUUCGCUGCUGACCUGCAGAACUGUACGUACGCCUGCUUGCUUCUCCUUGCUGCUCGUCCUCGCUUCUCCUUGCCUCUCCUCUCCUUUCCCUACUUCGCAUCUCCCACCUCGCCUCCCUUGCUUCACCUCUGUCCCUUCUGA